GCUCUUCGCGUCCUCCCACCUCCACCUCAAGGCACCUCUUUACGUAGUUGUGUCAGUACAAGCAAGAAGACAGAGCAUUCCCCAGUCAUCCGUCCAGUCCAGUGUGUGGUGUGUGUCUAGCCGCAGUAGGCCAGGAGAAGAAGCUGAACUUGAGUGGGACGUGUAUUUUUGCGAACCAUUCAUCUGGACCACGGGAUAAUAACAACUUAUUAAGUAGGCGACGUAGCAACAUUCGAGCUCUACGUCAAGGUCUCAGCAGCCGGUGAAAGGAGGUGUCCUUUUUCGGUCGAAAUUCCGAAAUCGGUUGGCAGUACGCUGGGAGAUGUCCUACGUGUAACUUGGACGGAAGAGUUCGUGUUUGCUUUGAGAAGAGAAGAAAAGCCUGUAUCCGGAGAAGACACUCCGAAGUCCCGUGACUAGUAACCGCAAGCAGAAGGGUAGCCUGUAAACAGCCACGCAAUGGCCAUCAAGCCGGGUAUGGGACGAAAGUCUUCCAACAAGAAUCCACCCUUUCUGAGCCAUGAGUUCGUCAUCCAGAACCAUGCCGACAUCGUGUCCUGCUUCGCGAUGGUCUUCGUCGUCGGGCUGAUGCUGCAGGCCACCAACUCGCUGGCCAGCAUCUUCAUCGCGCUGCACCACAACGUGACCGGUGCCGAUCCGAGCCACGAGAACCCCAAGGGCGAGCCCUUCAGCUACACCUCCGGCUGGAAGGAUGGCUGCGCGGUGUUCUUCUACACGCUGAUCUGCAUCAUCAUGCACGCGAUCCUGCAGGAGUACGCGCUGGAUAAAAUCUCCAAGAAGCUGCACCUGUCCAAGUUCAAGCUGUCCCGCUUCAACGAGUCCGGCCAGCUGGUGGUGUUCUACGCGAUGUCCUUCCUGUGGGGUUUCGACGUGAUCGUGCGCGAGCAGUACCUCGGCAACAUGGCCAAGCUGUGGGAGAACUUCCCGGAGCACCCGAUGGUGUUCCUGCACAAGCUGUUCUUCAUCAUCCAGCUGGCGUACUACCUGCACAUGCUGCCCGAGCUGUACUUCCAGAAGGUCAAGAAGGACGAGCAGCGGGCCAAGAUCGAGCACGCGCUCGGCGGCUUCUUCCUGAUCGCCACCGCUUACUUCAUGGGAUUCCAACGCAUCGCCCUGGUCCUGCUGACCCUGCACUACUUCUGCGAAUUCAUCGGGCACGCUUUCCAGCUGGUUAACAUCUUCGACAAGGAGGAGAAGUUUGUGCGACUGCGCCUGGUCCACAACGUCGUCUUCAUCCUGACCCGCUUCGCCACGAUGGUGCUGGCGUUCCUGACGCUGUUCUACGGCAUCGAAAACAUCUCCCAGACCAAGCGCAGCUUCAUGCUGGCCACCGUCUUCGGACUGCAGGGCUACCUGAUCUUCGACUUUAUCUCCAACGUGCUCAAGUCGAAGCGCGAAACGGCCGCCGACCAGCCGGCCAAAUCGACGACCCUCGCCGCCCCCACGACCAAGGGAGAAAAGACCAAGAAGGAGCGCAAGAAGGAAAGUGACCUGCCCGAGGCCGACCAGAACGCGCAGUCCUCGCCGGUGGCCACCAGCGGAAAGGCCUCCCGGAAGGCCAAGGUCAAGUAAACUUGGCGUUUCUUUUUCAUUAUUUUCCCCUGGUUCGUUUAUUUCCAUCCAUCAUCUUUUUUUGAGCAGAGAAACAGAGUGAAAAAAAGUAACAUCAAGCAAAAAGAAAACAUGUUGAAGUUAGGAACAUGAGAGAGAAUAAAAAAGCAGAAACAGCGUAAAACUAAAAGUAUUCGCAACAAAAAACGGUUGAAACAACUGAAGAAAAAUAAGCAGAGCAAAUGUUAAACUGCCAUCAUUUUGGUUUAGUUUUUAAAACGAGAUCGGUUCGACAAUUGGCUAAUUUGACGUGUAAAAUUGUUUAAAAGCCAAACAAACAUGCUCAAAAAAUCGGGGAAAGUUCACUUUUCCUCAAACAACGCAACGCAGAGAUAAUUUUGUUCCAUCCCUCCCACCCAGUAUAACAUUUUGUUUCCCCUCGCCCACACUGAAAAGAAGUAUUUGCGAGUGUCCUUCCGGUGAGUCCCCCCGUGAGAGAGAGAGAGAGAUAAAGAGAAUGCAAAAGUGACGGUACGUGAUUUAUGAACGGACCCGUGCAAGUGCAAGCUAUUUUGAAUGGGUUGUUUUUUAUAUGCAUUUACACACCACAAACUUGCGCUGAGAAGGGGGAGAGUUGUAAAAAUGCAAUUUAAGUAAAGCAGGAAAAGUGCAGUGCGAAUUGAAGAGGUAGCAGCAAACAAGCAAAAGAUUUAUAGAUUUUUUUUCUGUAAGAGACUUUAUACUAAGUUUAUUUUUCCUUUAUAUGCAUGAAAACACACACAGAGACAGACAAAGACACGUGAGUUGAGUUUGAAAAACCAGAUCAGAGUAUACACUUAUUUUUUGUAUGUUCUAAUGCAAUAACUGAAUAAAAAACUGACACAAAUUCUAAUUAAA